CAUUCAACCUUAUUUUCUUUCAAAACAACCAGACCCAAUUUUUUCUUCAUCGUCCCUUCUUCUUCGUUGCUCCGCCUGGUUUGCAAUUCGCUGCACCGCCUCAUCUCCUCGCCUGUACCCUCAUCUCAUCAGCCACCGUCAAUCAUCAUCGUCGACCGUAAAUCUUCAGUCAUCUUCAUCCAUCAUCAUUCAAUCAUCACCGUCGAUCUUCAUCAAUCCACACGAUCAUCACCGCAUUCAAGUUGUACAGUGGAGAUUGGAGAAGCAGGGAACACCAAGCAACAACCACGUGACAACCACGGGCCUUCAUUAAUUCUGUACAAAAAUCAAGCGCCCAAAAGUUCGGUCGAACGUUAAUGGAGGUUCGGGUGAACCCGUUUCUAGUUUGGGCGAACAUACAGUGGGUUCGUCCGGACCCGACCAUGUCAGGAACUUCAAAAAUUCGGGUUCGGUCGAACUUAAUACGGGUUCGACCGAACCCAAUUGCUCUGUUUUUUCCUCUGUUUUGCGGGAUGAUUUUCGUUGCGAUUUUGGGAUGUUUCGUCUUGUUGUUGCGUGGUUGUGUGUUGAUUUAAUACGAAUUGGUGUAGUUGCAGGGGUUGCUGCGAUGUUGUUGGCUGCGCUGAGAUUGAUGGUGUGUGGGUGGCUGCCGAUGAAGGAGGAGGGGGUGUGUGCAGGCUAAGUUGGUGGGCUGCAGUUGGGCUGGUGUGGUGUAGUUUAAGGAAUGGGGUAGUGUAGGAUAAGUAGUUGGUGGUGAGAUGGAGGGAAAAUGCAGUAAAUAAAAGUUGGGCUUUAGCAAAUUUUGGGCCCAAAACACCUAUCAAGAUUCAAGAGGGACAAAAGAACUUGAUUUUGACUCGAAAAUUAUCCCGACCUUGAAAACGCGUGCCUACACAAAUAAUCAAAAUAGAAUCAAAGACGAGGGGAGAAAGAAAAUAAAAUAAAAUAAAAUAAAAUAAAUUAUAAUAAUAAGAAAAUAAAAAUAAAAAUAGAAAAUUAAUAAUGAAAACUAAAAUAAUUAAACUAUAAAAUUAUAAAACAAAUAAAGUAAAUAAAUUACGGAAUUAAGAUCUAAAAACUAACAAAAAUAGCUAAAAACGCUAGACUAAGAUAUAAAUAAUUAAAAUAAGAAUUUAAGCAAAAUAAAGACUAAAAAUACUAGAAAUAAUAAAACGUCUCAAAUGAUGCAUAGAUCACUAUCCUAUGAGUGACAUAAAUGCCACUCAUCAAGUGUUGUGGCAUGGUAAACUAUCUUUUCUUUCUGAUGUGAUUCAUCAUCUUUUCUUCUUGAUGUAACCCUAAGUCUAUGUGCUACCAGCCCCUUUCGCAUAACAUUUUGUGGAGUUGGUGGUGCUAUUUUCAUGGUUAGGACGAUUGGCCUUGCAUUCAUUGGUCAAGAUGGUGCAGCAGGAAGAUUUGGACACACAGGAGGUUUCACAUGUCCAUUUGUUCUGUACUUGCCAGCUGCUUGUAUACUUCUGAAUACAUAUCUUCUUAUAAAUCUUGGCAUAGGGACUUGGAUUCGCGUAUCAAUAUGGCUGCUAAUAGGAGCAUUAGUUUACCUUUUCUAUGGCCGAACACACAGCUUACUGUUGGAUGCAUCAUAUGUCCCCAUUACUCAUACUGAAGAUAUAUAAUUACUCUUAGUUUCAUCGAAGCUAUGUGCCCAAACGCCUACAGUAAACAGCAUGACUUUACUGAAUUUCUUUGGUGUACUUCAUUGCAUUCAUGCUGGGGUUGGAGAACCAUACAUGCUCGUCGACCAGCAAUUUUUAUGUGCAUAAUUAUUUGGAAAAAUCACAGAUUCAUUGGCAAUGUCGUUGGAAUUGUACAGUCAAAAUGUAUAUUGUUACCAAGGGUGUUCAAGGUCUUCAUAGUAACACCCCCAUCAAGAAUUUAUAAUGUUGUUUGGUAGUUGUAAUUUCAUCGUAGACCAAACACUGUAGACACAUUUUAUUGACAUUGGUUAGUGA